UAUCUCUCACCCUCUCUCACACACCAACUGUCAGUACAGUAGUAAUAAAGUAGGAUCACUGUUUUUAAAUACCCCUCCCCUUUUUUCACUUUCUGACCCUCUUCUUUGCCGAAGAGGUGAAGAGGCAGUCUACAGAAAGAAUAUCUUUUUGAAUCCAGGCAUGAUGUGAUGUGGGUCUAUGUGGAUAAGAGCAGAGGGAUUAUACAGAUGUUGCAUGUAAAUUCAGAGCUCAGGAUUACCUCUGAACCGAGAGUAGGAGAGUAGGAGUAAACAUCGUCAGAGUGCCAUGCUGCAGGGUGGUGGUACAGCUGUGUUUACCCGGGUGGUAUGAUGGGGCGUCGUGGCCUAGGGGUGUGUGGCUGUGCACACUUCUGUCAGAAAGUUUUGGCCAGGUGUAAGUGCUGCUUCACACAGCAAGAGGCAUACACAUUGACAGAGCUCAGCGAUGUCUCCUUGCCUCCUGAUAUACCUUCAAUCUCCAUCUCAAUUGAUGACCUUUCUCCAAUCUCACCCAGCAACCAUCAGCCUCUUUCCACUAGACAACCAUGUAGCACACCCAAAUGCUCCAUCAAAGCCUUCAGGAGAUGGUUGAGCAGCCCAGUUCGAAGGUUUAGCCUGGGCACAGGUGGCAAGAGUCAGAGCUCACAGGACAUUCAGAGCCUAGAAGGGUCAUCCUAUAUGUUUCUCCCUCUCUCACCUGCUAAAAGCUCAUUGAGCCCAACAGCGAAGUCCAACAAACUGUCCCGCUCCUACAGAUCUCUGGAGUGUGCUGAACUUUCAAGGCCAUCAUCUCCUGACAGUUACCCAAGAUACCUAAAUGAUAUCUUGCAGGGGCAUCGAUGUUGCGAUGUGCAUUCUGGGGAGAGAGAUCUCGACUUGACUGAUGAGACACUGGUACAAUCACAGAGUCCAGAGGAUGAUGAGCAGGAGAGAAGAACAGCCUUAGAGAAAAGCAUAUAUGUGCUGACAGAGCUGGUAGAAACAGAGAAGCUGUAUGUGGAGGAUCUGGGGCUUGUGGUGGAGGGUUAUAUGGCUACAAUGAAUAGUGUUGGGGUGCCCGAGUAUCUGGCGGGAAAGGAUAAAAUUGUGUUUGGGAACAUUCAUCAGAUCUACGAUUGGCACAAAGACUAUUUUCUUGGAGAGUUGGAGAAAUGUGUGUGUGAACCUGACCUGCUGGCACAACUGUUUAUCAAACAAGAGAGGCGGCUCAACAUGUAUGUGGUUUAUUGUCAGAACAAGCCAAAAUCAGAGCACAUUGUCUCAGAGUAUAUUGAAACCUAUUUUGAGGAGCUGAGGCAACAGCUGGGUCACAGACUGCAGUUAAAUGACCUGCUAAUCAAACCUGUUCAGAGAAUCAUGAAGUAUCAGCUGCUGCUGAAGGACUUCUUGAAGUACUACACUAAAGCAGGCAGACAAACAGAAGAUCUUGAGAGUGCAGUAGAGGUGAUGUGUUUUGUUCCAAAGCGAUGUAAUGACAUGAUGAAUGUUGGAAGACUACAGGGUUUUGAGGGUCAGAUGAGAGCACAAGGGAAACUCUUGCAACAGGACACCUUCACAUUCAUUGAGAAUGAGAACAGUAUUCUCUCCCGUCCCAAAGAGAGAAGGGUGUUCCUCUUUGAGCAACUUGUCAUCCUCAGUGAGCCAAUCGACCGCAAGAAAGGUUUUUGCCUGUCAGGAUACAUCUAUAAAAACAGCAUCAAGAUUAGUUGUUUGGGAAUUGAGGAACAUUGCCCAGAUGAUCCAUGUCGGAUGGUGUUGACGUCUCGUAAUAUCGAUGGAAGCAUGCACCGAUUCAUUCUUCGAGCAUCAUCUCCAGAAAUCAGAAUGACCUGGGCAAAUGACAUCAUACAGAUGCUGGAGACACAGCGCAACUUCUUAAAUGCCCUGCAGUCUCCUAUUGAAUUCCAGAGAAAAGAAACUGAAUCUUUUAACCUGGGAAAGAGCUUGACAACUUCACCCUCACUGAACUCUGGCCUGCAACCCUAUAGCUCUGCCUUCACAGACCCCCAGGCUUUGCCCUCCUGGAAUUCUUCACAGCCUUCUACGCCUCACUGAAAGCUUUCUGUCAUUCCUAAAAAGGCAUUUUCUUAUCUUCCACUGUCAUGAACUCAUAAAAUGCCUGUCUGCUACCCUCAGGAGAACAUUACAAGAAGAUAAAGGAAGACUUAAUCAAUUUUCAAGUUAAUUAUGUCUGAUAGAAAAGUGAUUUAAUCAUUUAUUAGAACCUAAUUAUUCUUCCUUCUUCCAUUUCAAUAUGAUAUUGCACAAAAACUGAAAAUCUAUCACAACCUUUUGCAUUUUUAAAUUUUUUUGCUUUAAGGUAAUGAACUGUAUAUGCUAAACUUAAUGUCACUGACAGGAUAUAAUUCAUGAAAGAAUGAAUAUGAUAAUACAAAUUAUAUUUGUAGCUACUGCUAAUUCUAUAUUACUGAAAUUGUGGAUGAGGAGGUGAUAUAUAACCCCAAUUCAAGAGAAAUUGGGACGUUUUGUAAAAAUGCAACAAAAUCAAGAAUGUUAUUUGUUCACU